GUGUACGAGUCAAAGGAGGAAGCGAACAUUUUCUAUUUCCGCUGCAGCAACGACAACGGCUGCGUUAAAAAGAACGGAAAAUGUGGACAGAAAGCCGAAGUUGAGGCCGGACAAAGAGCGUCGAACCGCGAGGAUCGUCUCCGCCGAGGUCGCAGCCCGACACCCGGUGUUAUUUCGAGGCCCCCCCCCCUCGAAUUAGUGCCAGUUUGAGGGUCGUUUCGAGGUGAACUCGCCCGCUCAUUCUCCGCCGCUUCGCGUUGAGGAAGCAGCGGCUCGGCUACAGUAGCUUAGCUCCAUUAGCAGCGAUGGGGACGAGGGCGAGCCGCCUUCAGGACGAGCCGGUGCCCUCGGCGUUCGGCAAAGACGGCGCCAAGCGGGACUCGUAUCGGCGGCCCCGCUGCGCCAGGCCCACCAGCCUCAUGGUCGACUUCUCGGGGAGCUUCGAGGACACGGAGGCCAACCGGAGCCGCUCCGAGGAGGGCAGCGACUCGGACCUGGGGCAGCACGGCGCGAGCGCCGACGGCAGCCCCGCCGACCUCCACGGCCUCGCCCCCGGCAUCGGCCAGGCGUCCCCCGCGGGCGACGACAACAGCGACGGGAAGCCCGACGAGGACGGCGGCCUGAGCCCCUCGGCCGCCGUCGACGCGGAGCGCCAGGCGGGAGAGGAGACGGGCCGCACGCCGCACCGCACCUUCUCCGAGCGACUGCCCGGGAGUCGGCACUCGUCGGCGCGCAGCGUCGGCGCGAGGUCCGCGCGGGUCCGCGGCGCGCACCAGCGCCCGGUGUCCGAAGCGUGGAUCGGCCUCUACCGCGUCAACAACCGCCACGCCAAUAUCCGCUGUCCUUUCUGCUCGAAGCCUUUUCCCGGGGGCCGGAUUGAGGAUCACCUGUUGAGCUGCCUCACGUCCCCUCCGCUGCCAUACAACACGGACGUGCUCAGCAAAGACAGCGGCGAGUGCUCCAUCUGUUUGGAAGACCUGGUGCAGGGGGAGACCAUCGCCAGGCUGGCCUGCCUCUGCGUCUACCAUAAGAGCUGCAUUGAUUCCUGGUCCAAGGUGAAGCCCUGCUGCCCUGAACAUCCCUUUAACUGACUCAUGGGUCACCGUGACCAACCCCACUCAGGAGACAAUGAAUUCAAAAAAGUCAAUUAAAAUGUGUAACUGAACAAGUAGAAGCCCACUGUCGCUCUGAUGCAAGCCUGUAUUAGUGUGGGUGAUCCUAAGCGGAAUCUCCAUUUGGAUCAGCCCAUUGACCUUCACAAGCCAAACCCCAUAAAGAUCUGACCUGUGGUUGAGGCCCUUGUUGGAACAGAAUUGGACCCCCCCCCCCCCAUUCUUUUUCGGACUUGGCUUGCACGUGCAGGACGUGACAUUCAAAAUGCAUCAGCUACUUGUCAUCCCAACAUGAUGGGACUCAUCCCUGAGAGCUCUUCAACCUGAGGAGGAACGUGGGGAUACGAUGUCGUCCAAACUGACUCUGGAUCCUCUCCUGUGUAUUUUCCUCCCUCUGAAUGGGGACGGCUCAUUUUAUCAAGUAUUUUGCAAAAAGAGUAUUGUUCUACGUCAUACAUUGGAUGAAUGUUAUUUCUCCUCGGCUCAACCCAAAUGAACCAACCUCAUACUGAAAGCGUGAACUGUUAGAACUUAAACUUUGUUUAUUUUGAACUAGCUGGAGGUUGAGGGCUUGUUUUUGGUGAAUGGGAGCUGCCGCUACUAGGUGUUCUGUUUUCUAAUGGCUGUAAACAUUUCAGGGGACGUGUGGGGGGUUCUUGUUCAUUUUGAAUAGGUCAGUUUAUCAUAUGUGGUUGGUUAGCGCUCAAUUGAACGUGCUGCUACUUGGUGAGUGAUUAGGAAGGAUGCUAGUAGUUUGUAGAGCUGGUGGGUGUUGGCACAAAUUUCAGCACUUUUGUCCCUUGUGGCUGAUUUAUUUUUCUUUUUCACACCCCCACAUAAAGUCUGGGAUAAGUUUGUGUGAGUGAGUGAGUGCGUGUUCAGAUGAACAGGGACAGGAAAUGUCCCAAGCAUGACCAUACAUUUAAGGAGGCUUUUGUACUUAGUCAUGCUGGUAAACAUCCUAUGGUAUUGGUACGCAGCGUGGCAGCUUUCUUGGUCUUGUUGUUCCCACCUUGAAAGCGGUUAAAGUUUUUGUCCACCUCCUCCCUCCUCAUCGGAUAUUCUCUGGGGUACCAUCCGGAUUUUUGGACCAAACCCUGAGCAACAGUUUUGCCAUCUGGUUGCAUGCUUGUCGGGGAGGGAUAACAGGACGGGUGGACUUGGGGGGUGUAUUUUUGGGGCAUGUUUACACCACGUGGCCUCUGCCUCUCCCAAACACUGGAGGCUGUGGACAGCUGAUGGUUGGUUGUUACAUAACCCCCACCUCUCCCUCUUUUGAAAUGACUUUUGUAUGUGAUCACAGUAUAAUUCAUGCUAAAUGUGUUAAAUAGCUUUCCUUUGCCUUUUCGUGUGUUGAUUGCGUUGCCUGGUGAAGGGUUUCUUGUGCCAGCGGGUAUUUUAGUGUUUUUGGGGCUGAACUGAGGUUGAAGUCCAGCAGUAAGGCUGCUCAACAGAUGCCGUCUGACACGGGUUAGUGGGAAAAGAACAAAAACAUGAACUGAUCGCUUUUGCUCCCUGAUCAAGAGACAAAUCUUGAAACAGUAUUGCACGCUCUGCCCUGCGGUGGUAUUAUUGAUUGGUGUAAAAGUGAUUACGGUGCACAGGUUUUCCACUAACUAAUUUGUUCACUCCAGCCUGUUUUUUUUUUUUUUUUCUUUUUUUCUUUUCAGUUUUCUGAUUCCUGGUGUUCUGCAGUCUGAGGUGCUACAACGUGUCCUACCACUAGGGGGCAGCCCUGUGCAUGUUUGUCAGUUUUUGUGAAUUGAAAAAUAGAAAAAUAAUGAUGCCAAAAGUCGGUCAGUGCAUUGGGGGCAUUGUGUGCGAGUGGGGGAAACAAGGUGCAUUGAUCCUUAGAUGUUACAUUUUGUCGUGGUGAUAACGUAUGAUAUUGUAUACUUUGGCUGGGAGGGGAGCCCUGGGGGUGUUUGGGAUGGGUGGGUAGUGAUGGUGGUUGGGUUGUCGCUUUUAAAGAUAACGAGACAAUCUAAAACCCCACAUUACCCUCUUUUACUUUCUUACCCCUAUAAGAUGUGUGGUGCAAUACCUCAAUUUCUACCAAUGCUAACUAAACGCUGUGUGUAAAGUAGCUUCUCUCCAACCAAUGUAUUAGAUGAGAAUGUUUUUCAAAGAGACACCACAGCGUUAUCCACAUCCCCAACAUAUGGACAAUCUGCCUUUUACUCUAGUAAAAAAAAAACUUAAUUGAAUUUUAUUUAUUAAGUUGUAAAUAUGUAAGGAAAUUCAAGAAAAUGGCUUGGUCUUUGUCUGUUCAAUAUACUGUUUCUAAGCUCCAAUCUUUUGUAUGUCUCAAAUUGUUUUUAUAUGUAUUUUUUACAAUAAAUAUGUGUAAGACA